GCCCGCCCGCCGCACUUCAGACAAAGCAGCGGAUCGGCGCCAGUCGCUCGAACGGAGGAUGCGCGCCGCGCUCUCAGGGACGCUCGCUGGCCACCGCGCUGGACUUCCGCCUCUGCGAGCUGUCGGCGCUUCGGCUUUCUGAGGCUGCGCCGCCUUCUUCUUCUUCUUCUUCUUCUUCUUCUUCUUCUUCUUCGUCUUGUUCGGCUGCUGCUGCUGCUGCUGCUGCUAUUACCGCUCCUGCCCGGCGGCUUCCUCCUGCAACGUGUUGCUUGCUUCGUCUCCUCGCCUGGCGCCGGACAUCUGACGGGGGCUCCUUUACCUUCAUCGCAAAGUGUGCCCAGGACCGGGAGGUGGAAGAUCAGCGCGACGGGAGGAUGUCCGGGCGGAGUUCGCCGUGAAGAAGACCUCGCCUCUCGGUUGACGCCUUCCCUUCGCUCUGCGCCCACUCCUCGACCCCGAAACUUUCUUUUUUAUUUUCCGCCCUCUCACCGAGGUGGACGGUAUGUCUGCCAAGAAGCGGCAGCAGUCGGUGAAGGAGAGCCAGGACUCGAGCUCGCCGGGAGACUCGCUCAGCAGGUCGGGCUCCACCAACGACUUCUACGACCUGACGUUUAAGGUGAUGCUGCUGGGAGACUCGGGUGUCGGGAAGACCUGCUUCCUGGUCCAGUUUAAGGAUGGCGCCUUUCUGGCUGGCAGCUUCAUUGCCACCGUUGGAAUUGACUUUCGGAAUAAAGUUGUGACUGUGGACUCCGUGAAAGUGAAGUUACAGAUCUGGGAUACCGCUGGGCAGGAAAGAUUUCGCAGCGUGACGCACGCCUACUACAGGGAUGCACAAGCUCUGCUUCUCCUGUAUGACAUCACCAGCAAGACGUCCUUCGACAACAUCAGGGCCUGGCUCACCGAGAUCCACGAGUACGCGCAGCAGGACGUGGUCAUCAUGUUGCUAGGAAACAAGUCCGACAUGUGCAGCGAGAGGGUCAUCAAGCAGGAAGAAGGAGAGCGGCUGGCAAAGGAAUACGGUGUCCCCUUCAUGGAGACGAGUGCCAAGACGGGCGUGAAUGUUGAGCUGGCCUUCCUCGCCAUCGCCAAGGAGCUGAAGCAGCGGGCCGUCCAGCAGCCCAACGAGCCCAAAUUCCAAAUCCAUGACUUCAUCGAGUCACAGAAAAAGAAGAGCAGCUGCUGCGGCUUCAUGUAGCGGUGCCAGGGCAGUGGCGGCAGCGAAAGACUGCGGGUGUGGGGUGUGGACGGGGCACAGGUACUGGGGAGCAGAGUGGCAUGCGAGCCACCCACACAGACACGGGGUCAUUAAACUGCUUGGCAUGUGCACCUGAACACACUGAGUGACCUCAUUUCAAGGGUCAAGCACAUCGGUCAGUCGGCCAUUACCAACGUCUGCCCAACCAGGAGGAUUUGGCACUUCACGUGUUGUAGAUGUGUGCCCCGCGAGACCCACAGUCAGAAGUCCUUCCAGUCUUCGAUACACGGCGAGAAGGUGAUAUUGGUGCCCACUGCCCCACUCUUCUGAUUGUGGCAUGAAGCACAGUGCCAACAUGGCUGCCUCCUAGUCCCUAAUACUAUUAGUGGGGGCACCAGUGGCAUCUCCCCCUUGCCAUCUAGAGGGCCCAUUCGUUGAACUGAAUCUGAAGCACCAACACCCCACUUAACUGGCACCUUAAAAAGAUAUUGAGACCAAGCGGAGUACCCCCUGACCAAAUUGUGCCUGCUGCUGUCUCGCCAUUCUCUACAGUCACCCAGUGCCAGUCAGGAAGUGGUCCUGGAUGGGCCAGGGCACUCACGUGUGUCCAUGACCGACCAGUUUAGGACAUCAGGAGUGUGACUCCACAUCUCUGGUGCCAGGAGGACAAUCUGCCAACAGGGAUGCAGGAGCACUGCCCACCACACUGCCAUGCUGUCCUUGGCAUGGCCAACUAGAAGAGUCUUUAAUGGGUUAUUGGUGGGCUUCCCACCCUGUUCAGGGAGCUUUCCAAGUGGCACAUCUGGGCAUUCACUUUAUUGCUCAUUCGCCUAUCAUGGGCACUCGUUCAGUGUGGGGGUUCUGCCCUCAAUGACUUUGGUUACAAACUGCACCGAUAAAUGAGGGAUGACAUUGGCACAAUUACACAUUUGCCACCUUUGGUGAAUGUUCCUCUUUGGGGACCACAGACUGGCCAUAUUGGAGGGUUGUGCCCGCUUGGGAGUCCUCUUGGGUUUCUCAAUGUGCCCACUUAGGCUCAUCACUUUUGGGCACUUCCCAUUAGGCCUUCCCAACUACCCUCUGGAUGUUCACCAGUCAGUGCCAUCACCCCUUGAUAAUCAUAUGGGCACACCUUCACAAAGAGCAUCAUGGGAGCUUGAAGACUGCCACCUGCUGGCCAGACUCUGUGCCCACAUUACGAGACCAUGAUAAACUGGAGAGAGUUGGGGGUACCACCUGGAUGAUCUGCUCUUGUGCCCUGGCCAUACGGUGGCAUCAGAUUGUUUCUGCAGGGCUGGAUGUUGUGUGCCACUCUGGGGAAUGGCCUCUUAUUUCUGUGCCCCAUUCAGCUCUUGUUGCUUGUCCCCCAUCUGAGGUGACCGGUGGCUCCUCAGUCACAUGCCAAGCUACGUUAGAUCAAGUUCUGGAUGGCCCUUGAAUAUGCUUAAGAUGAAAGGCACUAUAUAACAAGUGACUAUUAUGGUGUGCCACUAUAGAUGAUGGACGUCCUGCACUUGGCUCAUCCAGGGUCACGACUGGCACGGUGCCCCCCCUAUGAUUCUGACAUGCCUUGGCUGGGUAGGAUUGCCAUUCUAAACACAUUUAAAGUUGGGGGCCCGCCAGGAACAUGCAUGCCAGGUAGUCAAAGAAGUUCUGCUGCCAGGGUUGUGCCCCUUGUCAGCUCCUUGCACAGAACCCAUGCCCCCCAAGUCUGAAGUGACUGCUUGUUGGCUCCUCCCACGGAUGCCCCCAGUUCAAGUCCCACUGCUGCCAGAGAUAAAGGGAGAGCCUGGCACUGCGUAGCAAGACCUUCCAGAUUAAAACGUGAUUGCCCACUGAGGCUCUACUGGGUGACUUGGUGGCACCGGGUUCAAGGUCAGCUGCUGUGUGUGAGGGGCAGCAAGCUGGCCACCUUGAAGCAAAGUCAGUGGGCUAUGAGCAGCAAGAUUAAGUGUCUUGUGAUGGUGCUGGCCCUGAAAGGCGCUAUAUAAAGGGGGACGUGGUCACCUUUGCUGACCUGUCCUCUUGAUCACCUUCAUUACAUCACUUGGCAUGUGUGGGUUUUGUGCCCUCCUAGCACAGUUGCCAUGGAUUUCACAGAUUUGGGAACCGCCAUUGUUGCAAAGAGACUGGCAGGAGCAUAAGCGGCGAUGAAGGGAAUGCCAACGGAGUUAACCGUCCUGCACGUUUGAUAGGUUUGUGUAGGUCAUGUGACUUAGCACACGGAAUCGUUACAUUUAAAGUGCCCAGAAUACCACGCCAACUGAGUCCGCCCUUUUCUCUCAGAUGGCUAAUUACCGGACUUGUCCAUCUAAUGUGCCCGACUACGACGCUGAUACCAUUCAACUCCAUGACAUGCCCCUUCACGUGGUCCAGUAAACUAACCGAAGUGCCAAACGUAAUCCACAAGUAAACAGGACAGCCAUCCGAGCCGAGUGGGCACAAACGCUGUCAGACUUACUUCUUGUAACCAGUUGAUGACAUUUGGAAAAUGCCACUGCUGUGACACUGGCAUUGCCAACCCAAUAUCUUUUUCUUAGUACAAUAAUAAAGAGCCAUGUCAAUCA